AUGGAUCCUACGUACACUGUUUGGGUAUUUCAUGGAGAACGACAAUGUAAAUUAAAUUCAGUCAAUGCGGAUAUACUUGAGUCACGUAGGAUGUUUAGGGACUUCUAUGUACAACAUAAUGUAGAUCUUGAAAACCCUCUCGAUGGAAGGGAUGGAGUUAUUCAAAGUUUGGUUGACGAUGCCGAAACACCUUUAUAUCCUGGUUGUCCAACAUUUACAAAGAUGUCUGCUUCGAUUGCUAUGCUUAAACAUAAAGUUACACACGAUUUAUCGGAUAGUGGUUUCGAUGAACUUAUAAAUCUUGUUCGGGACAUACUGCCAGAGAAUAGUACACUACCUAACUCAUUUUAUGAGAUGAAAAAACUUGUCAAUACAUUUGACCUUAGCUAUGAGAAGAUACAUGCUUCAAAAGUCUUGCAUUAUUUUCCUACAAUACCAAGACUUAAGAGGAUGUUUGGAAUAUAUGAGAUGGCGACACAACUUAGAUGGCACAAAAAUAAUAAAAGUUCAGAUGGUAAAAUUAAGCAUCCAGUUAACUCAUUAAGUUGGGAAAUGAUAAAUAGAAGAUGGCCACAUUUUGCAUCAGAUUCUCAAAAUAUUAGAUUAGGUCUUGCAACUGAUGGAUUUAAUCCUUUCAAAGAUCUUAACUCUAAAUAUAUUUGUAAUGACAUAGAUGUUUAUUUGGCACCACUUGUAGAUGAUUUAAUAUUGUUAUGGAGUGAUGGGGUUGAGAUGUAUGAUGCAGUUACAAAAUCUACAUUCAACUUAAAAGCUAUUUUGAUGUGGACAAUACAUGACUUUUCUGCAUAUGGAAAUGUAUCUGGAUGGCCCGUUAAGGGAAAAAUUGCAUGCCCUAUUUGUCAUGAAGAUACAUGUUCCAUAUGGCUGUCACAUGGUAGGAAGUUUGCAUACAUGGGACAUAGAAGAUUUCUCGACUUGAGUCAUCCAUUUCGCGUGAAAAAGAGUUGGUUUAAUGGACGCAUUGAAAAUGACAUUAGGCCGAAGAUAAAGAAUGGUGAACAAAAUUUAAAUGAAGUUGAUAAAAUUGCAUAUGAUUGGGGAAAAAGUGGUAAGCGAAAGAGGAAGAAGAAUACAACUCAAUCAACUGUAACUUGGAAGAAAAAGUCAAUAUUUUUUAUGCUACCAUAUUGGAAGUAUAUUGUGACACGAUUAAUGUUUAAUGUGCAAACUUUACUUGUACGUCAUAAUUUGGAUGUGAUGCAUGUGGAAAAGAACAUUUGCGAGAGCAUCAUUAGUACACUUUUGGAUGUGAAAGGAAAAUCUAAAGAUGGCAUUAACUCUCGUAAGGACUUGGAAACUAUGAACAUUAGGCAUGAUUUACAUCCUAAGAGAAGAGGAAAUAAAUUCUACUUGUCUGCUGCCCCUCACACUUUAUCAAAAGCAGAAAAACAAAUGUUUCGCAAAAGGCUCGCUAACAUGAGAUUGCCUGAUGGUUAUGGAGUUGUGGAUAGGAAUAAUGUUGAAAGUUUAGAAGAGGACGACUUUGAAACUUUAUGCAUGUUGGAAAGGUAUUUGCCACCUUCCUUUUUUGAUAUUAUGGUUCAUUUAACAAUCCAUAUAGGAAAAGAAGUUCAUCUAUGUGGACCAGUCCAAUAUCGUUGGAUGUACCCAUUUGAGAGGUAUAUGAAAGUGUUGAAAGGGUAUGUUAUGAAUCGUGCACAACCUGAAGGGUGUAUUGCUGAACAAUACAUUGUUGAAGAAAAUGCAAUGUUUUGUAGCAAGUACAUAAAACAAGCAUCUGAAAUAUGCUCUAAGCCUGCACGCAAUGAAGAAUUCUAG